AGCUGCCGUGUGACGCAGGUUGCUCCUUCAACGUGCCGGAGCUUUAAUUUUAUGAACUGUAUUAGCAUUACCAUUUCCUACUUCUGUACGUUGUUUGACCGUUCCGGCCCCUUUAUUUAGUUUUCUCAACCCAUGGCGGCGGUGCUCUUCUCGUGUUUUCAUCGCCUGCGUAUGUUGUUCCUUUUUUUUUUUUUAAACCCUUCCCCAGUUUCACUAAACCGAUCGAUAAACAGCCCGUCGCCCCGCCCGUCAGUUUCCACUUCUGCGGGUGCGAUUCCCCCUGCUCAACGCUGGUGUGCAGCAUGCUUCUCGGUCCGGUUAGCUGCUAUUAGUAACACGGCAAUGAUGAAAAUAAUAAAGACGUCAUCCGCGGGUCGGACGGCGCAAAGUGAAGUGCGCAGCUUCUCCCACUACAACAACAACAAUCGCAGCAUGGCAGCAGGAGAGCAAUCCGUCGGGGCUUCCUUCUCUCACUCGGGUGGCUGCUGAAGAGACGCCGCUAUCGCCUAGUGAGGAAAGACGAAAAGCAGGAAAAUGGAGAGUCCAAGCCCGUCACCUAAAGACUCGUGCAAGAUCUUGUCUGAAUGGAGGAAGAGAGUGAAAUCUGAGUAUAUGCGACUUCGCCAGCUGAAACGCUUCAGGAAGGCAGAGAAGGUGAAAGGUCAGUUCCUUGUGAACCGUAAUAAGAUCAAGGAAAGAACGGAACUAUUGAAUGAAGAAUGGACAAAGCUCAGGAUUCAGCCCAUUCCUAUGGCAGCCUCAAUAAAUCAACUUACUGUCAAACAGUGCGUUGUGGAAUACGGCUUCCCAGGAUACAAGAACCAAUCAGUCAGUAUAAGAACUUUAAGCAGUGUAGCUGGUGUUCCAUUUAUGCAUGCCUGGUCACCCCUGCAGCAAAACUUCAUGGUGGAAGAUGAAAUGUUCUUACACAACAUUCCUUACAUGGGAGAUGAAAUUCUAGAGCAAGAUGAAGCAUUUCUGGAAGAGUUGAUAGACAACUAUGAUGGAGUGCAUGGAGAUCGAGGAGGGUUCAUUAAUGAUGAAAUCUUUGUGGAGUUAGUGGAUGCUCUUUGCCAAAAUGGAGAUGAUGAAGGAGAAAAAGAUGGGGAACAACUAGAGAAUAAAGCUCAAAAGGAAGAGGAGGAGGAGGACAGUACAAUUGAACAUGAGAUGAAGGUCAUGAAGCAGAAGAAAGUGACUGCCGUUGGAGCAGAUGGUCAUUUGAAUAAAAAGGUGCCUAAUGAUAACAUAUUUAAGGCCAUUGCAUCAAUGUUUCCAGGCAAGGGGACAGCUGAGGAGCUCAAAGAAAAGUACAGGCAUCUAACAGAGCCUCUAAUCCCUGUUGAGCUGCCUCCACAGUGCACUCCCAACAUAGAUGGGCCAUUUGCCAAGUCAGUGCAGCGUGAGCAGGCGCUCCACUCCUUCCACACGCUUUUCUGUCGGCGAUGCUUCAAAUAUGACUGUUUUCUACACCCCUUCCAUGCUACACCUAAUGUGUAUAAAAGGAAGAGUAAAGAGAUUCACAUAGAAACUGAGCCUUGUGGUGAAGACUGCUUUCUGCUGCUGAAAGGAGCAAAGGAAUUUUCAGAGCAGAAGCUGACCAAAAGGCACUGCACCCGACGCCGGUGUAAGCGACAGAGAAUUCCUAGUUCCAGCUUUUCCAGUUCCUCCAUUUCAGGAGAAGGAAAAGAAGGAGACAGUGACAGAGAGAUGACCAGCUCUUCAGAGGUGAAUUCACGUUGUCAGACACCAAUUAGGUUAAAGCAUAGCACUGACCAGCCAGAGGGAGCAGAGUUCAUCCAGUGGAAUGGUGCUGAGGAAUCCCUCUUCAGAGUUUUACAUGGGACGUACUUCAACAAUUUUUGCUCCAUUGCUCGACUCAUAGGCACCAAGACCUGCAAGCAGGUAUAUGAUUUUGCUGUGAAAGAGCUGUUGAUACUCUGGGCUCCUAAACAGGAUGAAGGAAGCUCUCCUCAGAAGAAAAAGAGGAAGCACAGAUUAUGGGCUGCACACUGUCGGAAGAUUCAACUUAAGAAAGACAAUUCAUCAAAUCAAGUGUACAAUUACCAGCCAUGCGACCACCCGGGACACUUGUGUGACAGCUCCUGCCCCUGUGUGAUGACACAGAACUUCUGUGAGAAGUUUUGCCAGUGCAGCCCUGAAUGUCAAAAUCGUUUCCCUGGUUGCCGUUGUAAGACGCAGUGCAACACCAAGCAAUGUCCAUGCUACCUAGCUGUGCGGGAGUGUGACCCUGACCUGUGUCAAACCUGUGGUGCAGCUGAACAUUGGGACAGCAAGAAUGUCUCCUGCAAGAAUUGCAGCAUCCAGCGAGGCUUGAAAAAGCACCUCUUAUUGGCUCCUUCAGAUGUUGCAGGAUGGGGCACUUUUAUAAAGGAACCAGUGCAGAAAAAUGAGUUCAUCUCUGAAUACUGUGGAGAGCUCAUCUCCCAAGAAGAGGCUGACAGACGAGGGAGGAUAUAUGACAAGUAUCUGUCCAGCUUUCUGUUUAAUCUAAACAAUGAUUUUGUGGUUGAUGCCACACGUAAAGGAAACAAAAUCCGUUUUGCAAACCAUUCUGUUAAUCCAAACUGCUAUGCUAAAGUUGUGAUGGUGAAUGGAGACCAUCGUAUUGGAAUAUUUGCCAAAAGAGCAAUACGGAAAGGUGAAGAGCUUUUCUUUGACUACAGACAGUUCUCUGUGCAAAGGCAUACACCAAAGGGAAGAGCAAAGACUAAACUGUCCCAGUACUUAUACUCACCUGACAUGGAAGAUGGAAAAGAAAGUAAUAUUGUUCUAAAAUUUUAAAGCAUAUGCAGCAUAUGCAGAAAUAAAAGGUACAGCCAGGCUGAUGCUCUGAAAUAUGUGGGGAUUGAGAGAGAGAUAGAGGUCAUGUGAUCACACACGUACAGACGAAGCCGCCCUCGCUCCACACUUUGUGAAUAAUGCCACGUCAAUAGCCGCAUUUUUUCUUUUCUUCACUCUUGUUAUUUUAAAUGCAGUAGUUGGGGGUUUUGGAACUUGGAAUUAUGGAUUCAAAUAAAUAUUUCAGCUGUUUACUCUA